AUGGUAACAAAUAAAAGUUAUAAAGAUAUUAAAACUACAGUUUUAAAAUUAAUACUUUAUUUUAUAAUCUUUUGUAACAUCGUUUCUAAUAAAAAGGUAAUGUUUUUAUUUGGAGAAACUGUUUCUCAAUAUGAUGAGGAUGUUCAGAUGAUUACUUCAGAAGAAGCAAAAGUAGAACAUUGGGGAUUAAUGAUGGAUUUAUGUGAUAGAAUAAAUGAAGAAGUUAAGGAUCCAAAACAAGUAAAAAGUUUAUUAACAUCAGUUAAAAAACGCCUUAAUCAUAGGGAACAAAAAGUUAUUAUUUUAGCAGUUGCAUUACUUGAUGCAUUAUGGAAUAAUUGUCCUAUUUUAAGGAAAGAAAUUGCAGACAAGAAAUUUGUCGAACAAAUUAAAUACCUUUGUACAGGAAGUGAUUUUACUGUAGGAGAAAAAAUGCGUAUUGCACUGGCAUUAUAUAAUGAAUUAAAAGAAGAAGGUUUUUCAUUUGAAAACGAAACUGAAAUAGCUAAGAAAAAGGCUAUGGAACAAAAAUUUAGUGAUAACCCUGAUUAUGUAACUUCACCAGAAGAAGAAGAAGCUUUAAUGAAAGCUAUUGCUUUAUCAUUAGAAGAUGCUGAAAACAAAGGAAAAAAAACAAAAAUUAAAGAAAAUUCAUUUUAUCCUAGUAUGCCUAAUAAUGAAAAUAAUAGAGAUAUAAGUAAUUUAACUCCUACACCUGUAACAUCAAAAUCAAGUGAUAUUUUAGCAAACGAAAAAAAAGUACGUGUUUUGUAUGAUUUUGAAGCUAGUGAAGACAAUGAAUUAACAAUAUUUAUGAAUGAUAUUGUUACUGUUACAGAUGAUUCUGAUGCAAAUUGGUGGAUGGGAUAUUCUUCUCGUGGUAAAGGUUUAUUUCCAGCAAGUUUUGUUACAACAGAACUUGUUGAAGAAAAAGAAGAAAUUCAUAAUAUUAGUAGUAUAUCAAAAGCUCCAGUUCUUGAUAUGGAAUUACUUGAAAAAUGUAUUGCAUUAUUUGAAGAUUUAGAUCCUGCUGAUAGUUCAACUGAUCCUCCAGAAUUAGAAGAGUAUGAAGCACAAGCUGCUGCCAUGGCACCACUAGUUGAUGAGAAAAUAGUUGAAAUAGAUUCUCAAUUAAUGCAAUUAGCUGAACUAAAUGCUGCAAUUCGAAGUGCACUAGCUACUUAUGAUGAAGUUGUACAUAAACAAUCACAAACUAACUAUGGAUUGCAAAAUGGUGGUUAUAAUAACACCUGGAAUCAACAAAUUAUGAAUGGAAUAUCACCACAAGUUCCAUAUCAAGGACCUUUACAACAACAAAUGCCAUAUUCACAACAGCAUGUACAACAGUAUCAAAAUAAUACUCCUCAAUUUCCUCCUACACCAAUGCAGUCAAAUGACGGUCAAAUGUUAAAUUAUUCCCAUCAACAAUUUCCCCAACAAAUUCAACAGCAUAAUCCAAUUGGUAAUCAACAACAAAUACACUAUCAAAAUCCUGGACAACAACAAUAUCAACAUUACAAUCCAAACCAAAAUUACCAGUCAUAG